AUGGAGAACGCCGACUCGAAUAGCGCGCAGCAAGCGCGGGGCUGCGGCCUGCCCGAGGGCCUGCUUGCCAAGGUGCGGGAGGAGCUGACAUGCGUCAUUUGCUACGAAGUCUCCGUGCGCCCCAGCACACUGCCCUGCGGUCACACCGCCUGCCGCGGCUGCUUCAAUCGGGCGCUGGCGGCGGCCGCAUCCCAGCCAAAGUGCCCGUCGUGCCGCGCCCCGCUGCCCAUCGGCAUGCCGGCGCUGGCGCUCAACACCACCCUGAAGUCCCUGGCAGAGCUGCUGCUGCCCGACGAGUGCGUGCAGCGCGGCAGCGCCACAUCCACACCACCCGAGGCGCCGCGCCCCGCCGUGCUGGAGCAGCGCGUCGUGCUGCGCAGCGGCGCCGGCGGCCGCGCCGUGUCGCUGCAUUCCUCCCAUGAGCUCAACCGCCAGGAGCGCAGCUCCGCUGGGGCGGGGCUUCAGGCGCUGCUGACGGUGAUGGAGGAUCGGUGGCCCGAGGCGCGGCAGCAAGGCACCCGCGCGGCCGCGGAGGGCCAGCAGGCCAGCAGGCAGGGCAUGGCCGCGCGCCUGGUCCCCGGCGCCGACGCGCCGGCAGCGCCAGCUGGUGCUGCCGCCCUGCCGCGGUGGCGCAGCCCCGCUGCCCGUGUGCCGCCCGCCCCCGCUGCCCAGACAGAGCAGCAGCUGCGCUGGCCGAGCGCCUUUUCCCGCGUGCCCGACCACACGCCCCAGCAGCGCCUGGCCGGGGCAGAUGCUCCCACGCUGAUGAUGCGCGUGCUGGAUCGCGUGAAUCGGGAGCUGAGUGGCAUGCUGUCCCUGGUGCCGGAAAUGGAGGGGCAGGUCCGGCAGGCCCAACAGAACCAGUCGGAUCUGGAUCGCCUCCUUCAACGGCUGGAGAGCUUGCACCAGCGCUUCCCCACACCUUCCAACAACCGCCGGCAGGCUGCCGCAGCCGGCGCGGCACAGCCGCCCGCGCCGCCGCCAGCCAGCGGCCUGGGUGCCUCCCCGCGCACUUCGCCCAGCAGCCACAUGCGCACCGCGGCUGUGCCAGAGAUGCGGAAUGAGAUGACCUGGGGCCAGGACGGCAUCGACACCACGCUGACGCCAGAACAGCGCUACGCUCUGGCAGUGCGGGUGGCCCACUCCACCGCCCCCGGCCAGGCCCUGCUGGCUGUGCGCUACAUCGGUUCUGUGUACGAGGCAGUGGGCGAUGGCGGCGAAGCCCCCACCGCGCUGGAUACUACUGCCUCUGACCUCUACGCUGCGCUGGCGCACCAGCUCAGCCGCCACAUGGCCGGCGCCGAGGCCGCCCUCGGGCGCACCACCAGCACAGCCAGCACCGCGCCGGCGGCUGCCGCGACCCCUGCCAGCGCCGCGGCGGCAGGCCCACCUUCCUCCCACACCAGCGAGGCAUCUGCGACAGCUGCUUCCGCACCGCCAGCAUCCCUCACAGCCGUGGCUGGUGCCACCGAGGUGGAGCCCGGUGUGCCUCCCACCCAGCCAGCUGCUGGCGCCGCCGCAGCUGACUCCGUGCUGCUGUCCACCCAGACCUUUGUGGCUGCCGCUCUGGAUACUCUGCUGGCGGGGCUGCACCUGCCCCACGUGUCUUCCCAGCUGAGCCAGGCCGCCAUCCAUGAGUGCCUGGCCAGCAGCCUGUGCGUGCUGGCCAACGCGGCGCUGCUGCCUGUCAACGGCUCGGCGCAGGUGCAGCGCUCGCUGAGCAAACUGCUCGACAUGCUGGUGUGCAGCCCCGGCGCCCCUGCUGUGAUGGGUGCACUGCUGUCCCUGCUGCGCGCUCCCUUCACCACAGCACAGCUGCGCGGCACCGCGCCGCCCGCCAUGCCCGCCGGCCGCGCCAUGUUCAUGCACCACCUCUCCAGGACGCUCAUCAAGUCCACUCUGCUCUUCCGCCGCCGGGCAGAGGGCGCCGACUUGGGCGCCGUGCUUCAGUCCCUGCACCUGCUGCUGAGUGACCAGCGCCACCCCGACAGCCCCACGGCCCAGCAGCAGGAGAGCGCAGCCAAGCGCUUCAUCUCUGCUGUCUGUGCGGCGGUGCAGGAGGAGGGCAUCACCCCACACCUCGCCCUGCUGCCAGCCAUCAGCCCCGUGCGCAGCAUCGUGGCGGAGUGCAUUGCGGCCCUGGACGGGCCCGAGCCGGUGAGCCCGUUCAUCCUCAGUGCCCUGCACACCCCUCAGCCGCCCGUGCCAGCCCUGGCCCCGAUGCCUGUGCCCCAGUCUCCAACCAGCCUGGCACCAGGGGCUCUGGCCGGCCUGAUAGCUCCCCUGUCCCACUUCUGCACCGAGCUUACGGCCGCCGCUUCCACGGCGGCCCCCCUACCAUCUUCACACACCAUUUGCCUUGGGAGCGCCAUGAUGGUCGAUACACUGCUGUUGACUCUGAUUCAGGCUGCAGUCAGCGGGCAGAUUCGGCUGUCAGAGGCAGACGCGCUGCGGCUGGGGUCUAUAGGCAGCAUCCCGCUGCAGACGCACCUGGCACUGUUGCAUGACAUGGCGCUGCGGAGCUCAGACUUGGAUUCUUCUUGGAAUCACUUUACGUAUUGCUGCCAGAUAGUGUCUACGCUGCUGCGUUUUACAACCACGCCAGGCAUGUUCCCGCCGCGCGUGCUGGCAGCGCUGAGGGCCACAACCCUGCGGCCACCCAUACUGCUGGGCUGGCUACAGAAGAGCACGGCCAUUGCUGCAGAGCUGCUGCGGCAGGGCGGACCCAGCCACGUUCCUGUCAACCUCUUUGACGUCUGGACAGACGUGCUGCACCCUGAGAACAAGGUCCGCGAGCUGCUGGAGUGCCAGCAGCUUGCGCCACUGCACUCGUCCAUUGUGCGGCUGCUGGUGAGCUGCUUGGCUGCUGUGGACCAAGACAGCGUGCAAGCCGAUCCGUCCAAGGCCGUCGUAUGCCUGCAGCUGCUAGGGCUGGCCGACCUUUAUCAUGGCCGCCACACACACGAGCUCGACACCGGUGGCGCAGCGCUGCACGCGACGGCGCACGUGAUGCGCAGCCUGGCAGCUGCUGAUGCGGCGCUGGCUACAGCGGCCAGCGUUGGGCUGUUUCUGUGGGGGCUCAACUCCCUAGCAGUGCUCCUCAGUGACAUUGGCGAGCUGGGGGAUAGUCCAACGCAGGCAACGGUGCAGGCACGCGAGCGACUGAUUAUCGCUGCCACAACGCAGCUGGGCGACGGCACGCUGCAGGCCAUCCUGCAGCUGCUGGCAUCGGUGGCGGCUGCUGCACCUGGCACCUCGCCUGCGGGCCAGCUGCAGCCAGCUGCAGCAUCAUAA